AUGCCAUUGACCCAUGAUUGGAAACGCAUCUUCACUUACUUCCCUUCUUGUUGUGGCUUUUGCAACGGCCGUAUGUCUACUUGGGAUGAGCGAGCCAACCACUUAACAUUCCACUUCCGGAACGGCCGCAAUAUGGCCCACUGGAUAGGGGACCAGGAGCUUCCCCCGGAGAUCGCGCUCAAGUCACGCAUAGACUAUCACCUUAUCUUUUGGAUUCGAAUCUCGAACGUUUCCGCCACUGACCGAGUUGUCAAUGGUCAUCUUUCUCAGUUGAUCUCCCCAGCCAUAUUCUUUGAGGCUGAGGACAGUCAACAUGUCUCUCCGGAGGCCGCUGAGGUGGACCCUGAGCAUGUCCAAUGA